UAGCCGAUAACCUACGACGAACUGCUCUCAGUUUUUUCCCUGUACCACUUUCCAAAAAAAACCGCGAUAAUCAAAGGAGAAACUUGUUUUGCGUUUUUCUCGAAACUGUCUUUUUUGUUUUACCUGAUUGUGCGUCAAAGAUUUCUCCGCCAUUUUAUAUGCUAGAAAGCUCGGGAAUGUUUUAAAAUGAAGUUGAAGCUCAGUGCUACAACCUAACAAAGCCAGAAUUUUUGUUUUCAAUGUAGUUUUUUACAAAAAAAUCAAGUUUUCUAAAAUUUAAAAAAUCUUCCCAAAAAAAAAUUUUCAAAUUUAAAAAAGAACUGGCUUUGUAGGGGCAAGUCUUCCCUGCAUUUUAACACCAAGCCCAGGUCCGUAUCAUUAAAAUUGCGAAAAAAUCUUUGACACACGAACACCUACUUUUUGACCUUAAUAUUAAGAUAACUCUCGCAAAACUCAAUAUUGUACUGAAAAUUAUCCAAGGUCAGGUACAUAUUUAGUAAAAAUUUCACAAAGAUUGAGUGCUCUGGGAAAAAAAUAGAUUUUUGACAGGGGGGGGGGGCCCUUAAGUAGAAAACUCAGUCGUCAUAAAAGUAGAUUAUUUUACCAGUUGCCUUAUUUUUAUUCUAGAUAUAAUUUCAUCUUCAUAAUUCGAAAUUUUAUUUUAUUUUGUAAUAAGUUUGCAUUCCUUUUUCUAAUCUUAUAUUUAUUAUUUAUUAUUGUUUUGUGUAAUCCUGUUUUAUGUAUAUAAUUAAAAAUGGCAUCAAAAUCUUUUCAACAAUUUUUCCUUAAUAUUAUUAUACAAACCUUGCUAUUACACACGUCACUAAUCACAUCAGAAAAUAUCAAAAAUGACGACGAUAGUCUAUUCAAUAUCACCAUUACGAUGCCAAAUUUCAGCACGACAUCGGUGAGUCACGAUCGAAAAUCGAAUGAUGAUGUAUCAUUGAAAAUCAAUAGAUAACCGUUUUUGUAUGAGUAUCUGAUAUGUUCGAGUGGGUUUCUCCAAUUUGUCAUUUGAGUACAGCGUUCUUAGUUCUUUAAUAUAUAUGUUACAGGGAAUGUAUACAUUCCCUGUAACAUAUAUAUCAAAGAACGUUCGCAGGGAAUCUGUACAUUCCCUGACAGCGUUCGGGGAAUUUGAGUAUAUGACAUAGAAAUUUCUCUUGGAAUAUAAAAAAUUCAUGAAUUAUGUGAUGUUUGAAGUUAGAGCAGAGAAAAAUCGUAAAAUUUAGUGAUCUACUGUCCAUUUCGAAAUAGAAUGGAAAAAAGUAUUUUUUGAAUAACUUUUUAACAGAAAGAGUUAGAACUAUGCGGUUUCCAGUAUUUGAUAGAGGACCUACUGGAAAAGAAAUCUAUGGAGAAAUUAGGCCUUCCGAUCAGAUCUAGCAUAGUGCACCUUGUCAAACAAAAUCUGAAAGCUCCCCAUUUCCAGAGAAAUAAUGUAUUUUGAAUUCUGACAGAUUUAUUCGAACCUCUAGACUGUCCUCUUUAAAACCACACAAGUUCGAAAUUCUUAUUCCCUAUCCGAGCAUUUUCCCAGGACCUACCUAUCGGCUAAACUUCAUGUUUGGGAGUUUUCAAAACACAUGGAACAUAGGUUAUUGAUCACGGUGAAUCCUUUAGCAAUGUUUGUUUCCCGAGAAAGCUUCAAAAAAAUAGUGAAUUUCUAUUUUACCACUAUGAAUUUCUAUAUCGUGAUCAAUAACCUAUGUUCCAUGUGUUUUGAAAGUUCCCAAACAUGAAGUUUAGCCGAUAGGUAGGUCCUGGGAAAAUGCUCGGAUAGGGAAUAAGAAUUUCGAACUUGUGUGGUUUUAAAGAGGACAGUCUAGAGGUUCGAAUAAAGGCGGCAUACAGACUCCCCAGGAAAUGUAUAGAUUCCCCAGGGAAUGUGAAUAUUCCCUAGGGAAUGUACACAUUCCCUGCGAAUGUCAGAGAAUGUAUACAUUCCCUGUAACAUAUAUAAACAUAAAAGCUUGAGUUCUAAAUGUUGUUUUCUAAAAUUCUUAAAUAAUUUGUUUCUCAAAAGCCAAAAGUUUUGAUUGCCUAUAUAUAUAAGUGAUUUUGAUUCCUAGUAUAAUGACGUUUAGAAAUGACUAAUUCUCGAAAGCCUGCUCAGAAUUCGUGAAAUAUACGAUUAUCCGUCUAAGAGAGUAACUUCUGCGUAGCAAACGAAGUUAUAUCUCACAGACUUUCCUGGAUACUUAUGCAAUUAAAAUAUUUCUAAACACUCUGAUUUGUAGAGCAAACUUUUCUGAUCAAAAUAAGAUCUCGCACAAGUCUGUAUGACCUUGCAUCAAAAGUCACAAGCAUUUUCCUAGAGGUUCUAAACUUGAGUAUUUCAUACAGCGUUUAAUACAGCAUUUUCUUUGUAUAAGAGUUACACCUGAAGUAUUUCCCAAGAUUUUUAAUAGCGGUUUGUCGUAGAGAGUUUAUUCUUUUUUUGUUUUAAAGAGGAAAUGGUCUGAGAGGAACAUGGUCAGAUCAGCGCCGAUUUUUGAAUUAGGUCUUAGUUUUUUAUCAAAUUGAGGAUUUAUGGAGAAUCUGGAAGGAGUUUUCGGGUUUUGGAGGUUGUUGGUUGCCUGGAAAAUCAAUAAAGGCUUGACUAAAAAAUCGGCGCCGGUCAGACCAUAUAGUUCGGUGUACCUUAAAACAAAACAAACCCGAACUCUCCAGCUUGAAGUAUAUUAAAACAUCUUAGGACACACUUCAGGGUCCGUUUUGAACCGUGAUCUCUGGAAAACUCCUGAACGGUAAGACUUGGAGACAAAAAAUUUUUUCAUUCUCGUAACUCAUCACGCCGAUCAUUUACUUAAAGUUUCGUCAAGAUCGGAUGUACGGUGUCGGCGAUCAUUUCUGAGAGAGGGGCGCCCCUUAAUUACGAAUGAGGACCGUGCACUACUAGCUCGGAAACGCUUUGCUUCCGUACAAAUUGUACAAACUGCUUAAACAUUUGAGAAAAACUUUUCGUGACCACUGUUGUCAUGAUCGUGGCGGCUUAGAAAAGUUUAGAUUACUACUAUUCGUCUCCAAAUACAAUGGAGUAACUCAUUUUUUUAACAAAUUUUUAACGAACUGUGACAGAGACUUGCGGUUUCCGCCAUAGUGUAGCCAGGGCCUGACAAAAUAGUUCUGUGAAAAAGUCCUGUAUGCCGCCUGAAGGUGGUAUAUCUUACUAAUGUUUGAAAGACACGAUUGCCAGACUGUGAAAAAACAAUGAAUUUUCAAUACAAGUAAGGUAGCUCGAACUAUACAAGUCCCGAAUCUCUCGCUGUUAUGGUUAGGGAGAUAUAGACAUUCUCCGAUGACAUACCUGUCAGCCAAAAGGCAUGUCUGGGAAUCUCGACAAUACAUGAUACAUAGGCUAUCGAACGCACUAAUCAUCGUCACAAUGUUUAUUUUCUUCCUCAGGUCGCUGGGACUUCAGCUGAGCUGUUUUUUUAGAAAAUCUCGACUUUCUCGUAUGAAGACGUCAAAUAGCGGCUUCUACCUUUCACACUAUUGAACAUAUGGCAGUUUUCGUGUUCUAGGAAGAUCAAUAUGCUUUCAUACAGUAUCGAUUGCCGGAUGAAGAACUGACGAUAGGUAAACAACGGUAUUCUUUCUGAUUACACUUACCCUAUAGCUCUGAACAAUUUAAGUUGGUUAUUCUCCAAUGGUUAAAAUGAAUGCUGUUCAUCACAUGUUAACGUAUGCGUGUGCAAAUGCAGGAUCGAAUAGCCAAACAUGGUGGGAAAUCUAAUUUAUAUAAUGAUUAUGUUUUCUAUUUACUACUUCCUUUAGGAGUUCCGGAGUAGUUUGUGGCGGGGGAGAACAGGUUAUCAUACAUGGAUGGGCGAGAAAUGCUCCAUCAAUGAGACUACCAGACGAUGUUGGAUUUUCGGUUGGAAAGAAUACACCAUACAAAUAUAUUGUUCUUAACAUUCAUUAUUUGACGAUAUUACAGAACGAUAAAUCUGGAAAUCAAUUAUUAAUGAGUAAAAAAAAACCAAACCUUCAAAUGGGUAUUUUAUUAGGUGCUACAAGUCAAAUAUAUUUGAAACCGAAAUCGCAUACACGCGUUAACUCAAUGUAUCGUGUUCGUUUUGGUGAAAUCACUCAAAUUGUCAAAAGUGAUCCACAAUGGGCUCAGUCAUUUUAUCAGCUCCCAUUGCCUGUAGAAGUUGUGCAAGGUGAUUAUAUAAUUGGACAAUGUGUUUACGAUAAUGACGGAGAACGAACAAUUGUUACGGGUGGAACACAUCAUGAUGAAAUGUGCAAUGUUUAUGCAAUGUUCGCCUAUCAUUCUGAUUCACAGAAAAAACCACUUAAUUCAUGUUGGGAGAAUCAAUUUGCGGGAUUAAUUAAUUUGAUUCCAACGGAUGCCGACGUACCUCCUCGAACACCAUUAGAAAUAAGUGGUAAUUUAUAUAAUCAUGCUGAACAUACAAUGGACAAUCAUUUACAAUUAACAAAUGAUUGGGCAUUAACAUCCAACGGUGAUAAUUUGUAUAAAUGCAUUGAAACAUGGCCCGAUUCAAAGUCAACACCUGGUGUAGGUGAGAUCGGAGGUAUUGCAUUAGAUUUGAACGACGAUCUUGUUAUUUUUCAUCGAGGACAACGGAAAUGGGAGAAUAAGUAUUUUAAUGAUGAUUUUCAUUUUCGUAAUGACGCUUUUGGACCAAUUGAAGAAGAUGUACUCAUUCAUAUUGACACGAAAACUGGAAUGAUCACGCAAAAGUGGGGAGCAAAAACGUUUUACAUGCCACAUGGAAUCACAAUUGAUGAUCGCGGAAAUUUUUGGCUAACAGAUAUUGCUAUGCAUCAAGUGUUUAUGUAUUCAUUAAAAGAUAAGAAUCGUCCAUCGUUAAUUGUGGGUCAAAAGUUCCAACCUGGAUCUGGUCGAGCUCGGUUAUGUCGACCAGCUGAUGUUGCUGUGAUGAAAAAUGAAGAGUUUUAUGUUGCGGAUGGUUACUGUAAUAGUCGAAUCGUAAAAUUCAAUAAGUAUGGCGAGUACAUAACUGAAUGGGGCACUGUCGUCAAUGGUGUGCACGAUGUGGACGGUUUUCCACUACCAAAUCAAUGGAAUAUCGUUCAUUCGUUAGCAUUAAACGAAGAACAAAAAUUACUAUGUGGUGCUGAUAGAGAAAACUAUCGAAUUCAGUGUUUUGAUUUACAAGGACAAUUUCAACGACAAAUUCAUGUUGAACAAAAAAAUACUAUUGCACCCAUUUAUGCUAUUGAAUUCACACCAACAGCAAAUAGUACUGUGUUAUACGCCGUGACAGGUGGUCAAGCACAAAUAAAAAAAGUCUAUUUAAUUAACGCUCGUGAUGGUAAAAUAUUGACAUCUUUCGAGCCCAAUUCACAUUUGGUAUCACCUCAUGACAUAACUGUUAGUGCAAAUGGUAGCAUCCAUCGUUUAAAUACAGCCAUUAUUGGUAUUAAAAAUACCUCUCGACGAAGUGGUGGCAGCUUUAUGGGUAAUUGGAUGCAUCAUCGUAAAGGUUUUGAACGUUUAAAUCAAUAUAGUGAUGAUGAAAAUGAGCCUGUCGAUCAAAAUUCUGAUGGAAACGAGGACUCAGAAAAUGCUACACCAUCUAAUGGAAAGGAAACAAUAACGGAGUCUGAUGUGACACAAAAUAAUACCUCAUUAAAUAACAUCGCAUUUAAAAUGGAUAAUAACCUUUACUAA